GAGUUUAAUAUUUAAAAUAAAAAUGUUUCGUACUUCAAAAGGACCAACACCUCGUUGUUUUUAUAUAGUAUCCCUCUUGCUUUUUAUAUCUUCAUUAUAUAUAACACUAUCAUUUGGUGGCUUAUUGCCUUCAAUUUUCGAAACUUCAACAAAAAUAUACGAAGAGACAUAUCCUGAUGCAAAAGCAUUAGACUUUUUGGUUAUAGGAGAUUGGGGAAAUGCUGGUAAAGGCAGAGAUUUUAAGCAUGGUUCCCAAGCUAACGUUUCUAAAGCAAUGGAAUUUAUUGCUAAUCAACAUGAUAGUAAAUUUAUCGUGAACGUUGGUGAUAAUUUUUACAAGAGGUCUACAAAAGAUCAUCAAGGAAUACUCAGUGUUAAUGAUUCAAAAUGGGAAGAGAUCUGGUUAAAUGUGUAUAAUAGCACAAAAUUAAGAAAACUCCCCUGGUAUACAGUAGCUGGUAAUCAUGAUUGGUAUACAAAUGUUACUGCUCAAAUUGAAUAUAGUUUAACUAUAAAUUCCCGAUUUUUCUUUCCUUCUUUAUUUUAUGUUCGUUCAUCUUUAUUUGGCAAAGAAAUGAAGACAAAAGCAGUUUGGGUUCACAUUGAUACUAAUGUUUUUUAUUAUAAUGUUGAUACAAUCGAAGCAAAAAUGGAAGGAUUAAGAACUAAUCUUUUAAAUUUUGGGUUACAUACUCAACAAGCAAUAGAGGAUAAAUUAAAAUGGAUAGAGCAAAGAUUAAUAGAAAACCAAGAUGCAGAUUACAUUUUUGUUAUAGGGCAUCAUCCAUUAAUUGGAAUAUGUUCACAAGUGAGUAAUUUGCCAAGACUUCUCGAACUAUUGGAGAGAUAUCGUGUGAGCGCAUAUUUUGCUGGACAUAAUCAUGUAUUAGAAUAUAAAGCACCAACUAAAUUUUCACCUGUGGCUUUUUUUAUUUCUGGAGCUGGAUGUAAAACUGGUUAUGGAUGUGAAGGGAAAGAUUGGGGGAUGCCAAGAGGGACAUUUGGCUUUGUACAUGCUAAUAUUAAAGAAGAAACAAUGGAUUUUGAAUUUAUAGAUGCUACUAAAUUAAAUAAACAAUCUGCUGGUGAAAUAGUUUAUAAUGGAACAAUAAAUUCUAGAUCAAAUUGGUAUCCCAAAAUAUAGUAUUAUAGAGAUUCAGUCUUUUUGAAAAAGUGUAGAAUAUUAUAAUAUUAAUUAAUGAUAUUUAAUUUAAUAAAGUUAA